CCAUUUUUUUACAUAUCUUUAUUGGUAUUUGGUUAUCUACCCAUUGAAACAAUUAGAUAAUUACUACCUACAAUAACAAGUAAGUCGGAGUAAUGGAAUCACCACUGCUAGAUGACUUCUCCGGCAACCACCGCCAGCUUAUCGGCGACGAUGGUGACUACCGGCCUAUUUCUAGCAUGAAUCUGAAAGAAUUGUGGGGUGUAUUCUGGAUUGAGACUGUGAAGCUAUGGGAGAUUGGAGGACCAAUUGCUUUCAAUAUCGUCUGCCAAUACGGGCUCUAUGCUAUUACUGUUGCUUUCUGUGGUCAUCUUGGACCUACAGAGCUCUCUGCUGUUACCCUUGCUCAAACUGUCAUCGGCACUUUCACUUUCGGCUUCAUGAUAGGCAUGGGGAGUGCUCUGGAGACACUGUGUGGGCAGGCAUUUGGUGCUGGGCAAGUACACAUGCUUGGAAUUUACACACAGCGCUCAAUGAUAAUUCUACUGCUCAGUACCUUCAUUCUCUUACCAUUCUAUGUUUUCGCGACUCCUCUACUUAAGUUCCUAGGCCAAGAUCAUGAUAUUGCUGUCGUUGCUGGGAAGUUCGCCAUGUUUACCAUACCCGAGUUAUAUUCCCUGUCUAUCAAUAUUCCCACUGUAAAAUUUCUUCAAGCCCAAAGUAAAGUUGGUGUGCUGGCCUGGAUUGGUUUUCUGGCUCUCAUGAUCCAUGCUCUUCUCCUUUGGCUCUUCGUUGAUGUAUUCAAUUGGGGUUUGAUCGGGGCAGCUAUAUCCUUUAAUCUCGUAGGCUGGGUCAACGCACUAGCUCAAUUUGCUUACGUAGUUUUUUGGUGUAAGGAUGGGUGGAAAGGAUGGUCUUGGUCUGCAUUCAAUGAGAUUUGGCCCUUUGUUAGAUUGUCAUUAGAAUCGGCUGUUAUGCUAUGCCUAGAAACCUGGUAUAUGAUGAGUAUUAUUCUCCUCACUGGCCAUCUCAAAGAUGCAGUUACUGCAGUCGGAGCCCUCUCUAUUUGCAUAAAUGUCGAUGGAUGGGAAGCAAUGUUUUUCUUUGGAGUCAAUGCUGCCAUAAGUGUUCGGGUCUCAAAUGAGCUUGGGCUAGGACGUGCCAGGGCGACCAAAUGUAGUGUCUUUGUCACAGUGUUUCAGUCACUUGUCAUUGGGGUACUCUGCAUGAUUGUAGUACUUGCACUAAGAAGUCAUCUAGCCAUUCUUUUCACCGACAGCGAGGCUUUGAAACAAGCUGUUUCUGAGCUUGCUUGGUUUCUUGGAGUAACAAUGCUUCUCAACAGUGUUCAGCCUGUGAUAUCAGGUGUUGCUGUUGGAGGUGGCUGGCAAGGUCUAGUGGCUUACAUCAAUUUGGGUUCUUACUACGUUUUUGGUAUUCCUCUCGGAUAUCUUCUUGGCUAUGUGGCUAACUUUGGAGUCGUGGGACUAUGGGGAGGAAUGAUAGGUGGAUUGGCUUUGCAAACACUCCUACUCUCGAUCGUACUCUACAGAAUUGACUGGAAUAAAGAGGUUGAGCAGACGACACAACGGAUGCGGAGCUGGGGAGGUCAAUACUUAGAAACAGAUAAAACUUACAUAUGAAGUAAGCAAUUGACAUGGAGAGGAAUCCUCUCAUUCGUCUUGAUUGCUCCGGCAAUAUUAUGAAUUUCCCAAGGAGAAAAUUUAUGGGCACAUCCAUAUCAAUGUUAUCAAACUAGAAAAUAAGAAGGAGAAAGUUGGGAGAAGAGAGAAGACUUCUUAUUCCUCAUGAAGGUAUAUUCAUGUAUGAAUUAUAGUGAAGGAAAGCUCAUUUAUUUAUAGAGAAAAACUGACUUUGUCCCUAAGUAGGAUUCCUAACUUUUCUACCAAGGAAUCCACAUAAUAGACAUUCACUAUAAUACAAAUAUGUUUACAACA